AUGAGUGACUUGAAAUUCUUCACCAAGGGAAAAGCUGCGGAAUUGAGAACGGAGCUGCAGGCAGCCAAAGGUCCGAAAAAUGUCGGAAAGAAGAAGGCGGUGCUGAAGAAGAUCGUGGCCAACAUGACCAUGAGCAACAAUGAGAUGAUUGUCUUAUUCGAGGACAUUAUCGACAUGAUCCGAUCGUCCAACGAUCUGGACGUGAAGAAGAUGUGUUUCCUCUAUCUCAUCACAUACUGCAAGGCUAAACCUGAGCUGGCCACGGGAGCGCUGGACCCUCUUCUGGACGAUGCUGGAUCCCGGGAGUCGCCCUUGAUUCGGGCCCUGGCCCUCAAAACACUUUCCUCUAUUCCUCUGGAGGACUUCAUCAGGGAGGGAGUGGAGCCUACCAAGCGACUGUUGUUUGAUGAGGACCCCUAUGUUCGCAAGACUGCGUGUCUGGCCGUGGCUAAAAUGUGGUCCCAUGACACCAAGAUUGUUGAGCACUCUGACUUGAUCGCACUGCUCAACAAGCUGCUGAACGAUGGAAACCCCACUGUGGUGGCCUCAGCACUGGCUGCCCUGAUGGACAUCACCGAAAAGUCUAGUGAUUUGCAGCUCACACUCGAUCACAACCACGCGUCCAAGAUUGCUACCGUGCUUGGGGAGUGUUCCGAAUGGUCGCAGAUCAGCAUGCUCCAGGCGCUACUAUGCUGGACCCCACAGACAGCUCUGGAAGCGGAGCGUAUGGUGGAGCGUGUUCUUCCGCGGUUGCAGCACUCUAAUGCUGCUGUGGUUCUCGGAACUGUGCGUCUCAUUGUCUACCUCGCCAAUUAUUCGCAGAACCUCCUGGAACACGUGCCCCAGAUCCCCACCAAGCUGAGUUCCGCAAUGGUCAACCUCAUUUCGAGGCAGCCUGAGUUGCAGUACCUUGCGCUCCGAAACUGCAUCCUUAUCCUCCAAUCAAAACCCCAGCUGCUCCAGGGCCUGUCUGUUAAGGCUUUCUUCUGCAAGUACAACGACCCCAUCUAUAUCAAGACCACUAAGCUGGAGCUUAUCUAUUUGCUGGCCAACGACAGCAACAUUGGAGUUGUGCUGCGUGAGCUGCGUGAGUACGCGACGGAAAUCGACGUGCAGGUGGUUCGAAAGUCUGUACGAGCCAUUGGAAAGCUGGCCCUCAAAUUGGAGUCUGCUACAGCCGCAAAGGCCAGUGUCGACACACUCAUGUACCUUGUGGAGACCCGGGUGUCAUAUAUUGUGCAAGAAGCCAUUGUAGCUCUCAAGAACAUCCUUCGACGAUACCCCGGUCGGUUCGAGGGCGUCAUUGGUGAGCUGUGUGAGCACCUGGAUGCUCUCGAUGAGCCGGAGGCCCGUGAGGCCAUGGUCUGGAUUGUCGGUCAGUACGCUGACCGAAUUGAUGACUCGCAUCUCAUUCUGGAGCAACAUUUCCUUUCUACGUGGCACGAUGAGCCCGUCAACGUUCAGCUUGCACUUUUGACGGCCACCGUCAAACUUUUCAUCCUGCGACCUACCAGAGGCCAGGCGAUGGUUCCCAAGGUGCUCAAGUGGGCUACUGAGGAGACUGACAACCCCGACCUGCGAGACCGAGGAUACAUGUACUGGCGUCUCUUGUCGUCUGACCCCUCUGCUGCCAGAGACAUUGUGCAUCCCGAUAAAAUGCCUCUGAUCCAUGUUGAGGAUGAAGCAAUCAUGGACCCUCGAGUUCUGGAAGAGUUGGAGCUUGGCAUCGGUACACUCGCUUCUAUCUAUCUCAAGCCUGUUCGCCAUGUAUUCCGACUGGCCAAACCCAGAAAGCUCACUCCAUCGCCGUGUCUCAUUCCUCGAAAAGACAGCGAUGUGGAUGAACUUAAACAGCUUGCUGAGCAGGCUGAAAAGUCAAAGCAGCCUGCUCCUAGCAUGCCAGACAUUGCAUCAUUGAAUCUGGGCACUCUUCAGAGCCCAUCUCUGGCCCAGUACACUCCGCUGAUCCCCACCCCUACCACAGGUACUCCUACUACCCCCAGCUUCCCGCAAAUGCCCCAGCGAUCUAACAGCGUUGCUGUGCACCAUCAAUCACAGCAGCUGCUGGAUGACGGAAGUGGCAGCCAAGGCUACUUCGUUACACAGAACGGUAUUGCUCAGGGCUCUCAAAAUACCCAGAACUUGUUGUGGUAA